UAUCACUGAAGGCCUCUCUCCAUUUGGCUCCGUCAAUCACAGACCAAAACAAGAUGGCAGGCUGCGAGAACUGGUGCUUCUUUUUAACAGUUUGUGCUGUCAGUGUGUUCGGCACCAAUGCGGAGACCAUAAUUACCAUUCCUACUGGGAGGUUAUUUACAUAUGAGCUGAUGAGAGAGACUUUCCAGAGUGACAUUGACCCUAGGACCCAUCUCUACGUUGGUCAUUUUCACGAUGACCCCAUAAUUUUUAAGUGCAACCUGCAGAAUUUCCCAGAUCUCCCAGAGUGGCUGCGCUUCACCCAAAGGCACCCCAAGGAUAAUGGGUUCCUGUACGGCACACCAGUAUCUCCAGGAAAAAGUAUAAUUGAGAUCCAUGCUGUUAACAAACGGAGCUAUGACACAGCCAAACUGAUACUCGUAAUCAAAAUUAAUGAAGAGAAGAUGCUGCCCUAUCAAGCCGAAUUCUUCAUUGAGCAAAGGGAGAUUGAGAAGGUGCUGCCCCCUUCUGUUCAGGGUGAGGUAAAGCGGGAUUUACAAAACCUGUGGAAAACUGAGGCCUUGGAAAUUGUCAAUAUCACUAAUGCCCUCGACCGUGGUGGCAGAGUUCCCCUCCCUCUUGCAACAUGCUUUGAAGGUGUGUAUGUGAAGGUGGGGUCGGAGAAAUAUUUCUCAGAUUGCCUCCUGAGAGUGCUGACACCAGAGAACCAAAGGCAGUGCAUGACACUGCCCCCUAGAGACUGCAACUUCUGCCACUUUGCCAAAAACUGCUCCGCAAAGGACAUAGUCAAGCCCCCCGGAGGCUGCAACUUCUGUCGCAUUCCCAGCAACUGCAUCACCUGGUGCAAGACAGAGCUGUUUGAUCUGACAAACCCGGAGCCAGCUCCACCUGCUCCCACGAUGGGCUCAGGGAUUCUGGAGUCUGGAGGUGACUUUGACCCUCCCGAGUCUCCCCCGAGCAGAGACUUCUUCCCAGACUACAUUGUGACAGUGAUUGUGCCGCUGGUCAUCGCCAUCAUCCUGUGUGUGCUGCUGGCCUACAUCAUGUUUGGCAGACGAGAGGGACUCUCAAAGCGGAAUGCAAAGACAGACCAGAUUCAGCUGUACCACCACCACACCAUUCACGGGGACACUGACGAGCUGCGGAACAUGGCUGCAAACCGAAGCGCUCCUCUGCCUCUGUCCACCCUGCCCAUGUUCAACAGUCGGACUGGAGAGCGGGCUUCACCGCUGCAGUCUGACAGCGUCCCCCUCAUCAUGGCCCAACACGAUCCCUACAGUGACACUCUGCCGAGGUAAACCCACUCACAGAACCUCCUCCUACAACAUUACACCCAUUAUGGUGAAUGGGCUGAUGUGUUUAUCUUGUGAUUAUUAUUUAUGUUUGAAACAACAGAUUCAUCACAUGGCUUGUUUUUGCAAAAAAUAAGAACAGCGAUGUAUAAAUUGUUGCUGAUACAAUUUGGUGCCACAGUGUGAUUAUGUAUUUGUUGUGUGAGUUUGUUUUUCUUUUAGGUGCCAUUAAAAUAAAUUAAU